AAUGUUAUUACAAAAUUUAAUUUUACAAACUAUCAAAAGAAACUUGAGAGAAAUGAAAAGUAAAUUAAAAGAAUGAAUACGACCGGCGAAGUGGUCACUAUUUUCAUUGGUCAAGCUGGAACUCAAGUGGCAAAUGCUUGUUGGGAAUUAUUUUGUCUUGAACAUGGUCUCAGACCUGAUGGUUUUUUUCAAUAUGGAUACAGACCCAUCGAUGAACGUUAUUACACGUUCUUUGGUCCGACUGUGACAGGAAAACUCACACCCCGUACUGUGAUAGUGGAUUUAGAACCAAGUGUGGUCGACGAGAUUAGAACUGGUGUUUAUAGAAAUCUUUUUAAUCCAUCAUCAUUGAUAACUGGCAAGGAAGAUGCAGCGAAUAAUUUUGCAAGAGGAUAUUACUCGAUCGGUGAAGAGAUAAAAGAUCUCGUUCUAGAUCGUAUUCGAAUCAUCUGCGAAGCUUGUUCUCGAUUAACCGGCUUCAUUGUCUUCAGAUCCUUUGGCGGUGGCACUGGUAGCGGCUUAACGACUUUGUUGCUGGAAAAUCUUAACAUAGACUAUGGGAAAAAGUUAAAAUUGGAUUUCGCAAUUUAUCCAGCACCAAAUAUAUCCACAGCUAUUGUCGAACCUUAUAAUUCCAUAUUGACGACUCAUGGGACUCUAGAUCAUGAGGAUUGUUGUUUCGUCGUUGACAACGAAGCUUUGUACGAUAUUUGUGCGAGGAAUCUGAACGUGGAAAAUCCAACUUAUACGAAUCUCAACCGAUUGCAAGCUCAGGUAAUAUCAAGCAUCACAGCGUCGAUGAGAUUUGAAGGUUCGGUCAAUGUCAGUUUGGAGGAGUUGCAGACGAAUUUAGUACCUUAUCCAAGAAUUCAUUUCCCCUUGGUAACGUAUGCUCCUAUAACUACACCUGAAAGAGCAAUGAACACGGUGAUGUCAGUUCAACGAAUUACAUACGAUUGCUUCGAGCCUGCUAAUCAAAUGGUAAAGUGCGAUCCCCGUACGGGUACUUAUAUGAGUUGCUGUCUACUUUAUCGCGGUGACGUAAGUCCGAGUGACGUUAAUAGGACCAUCGCUAGUCUGAAGGGUAAAAAGUUUAUACGAUUCGUUAGUUGGAGUCCAGUAGGAUUCAAGGUAGGAAUCAAUUAUCAACCAUCCACGACGGUUCCUGGUGGUGAUUUGGCUCAAUCGAAUAGAACUGUAGCAAUGUUAUGUAACAACACAGCAAUUCGACACGCUUGGAUUAGAAUUGCACGGAAAUUUGACUUGAUGUAUCAGAAAAGGGCUUUUGUUCAUCACUAUGUCGGUGAAGGUAUGGAAGAGAAAGUCUUCCAAGAGGCUAUAAACGAUACAGCUACCCUCGUCGAUGAUUACAAAGAAGUCGAAUUAUGACGUAUUGAACGCUUGAAAUUUGAUAAUUUAGAUUUUCAAAAGAUUCUCUAGAAAUUGUAAAUUGAAAUAAAAUUUUGAGAUUCAUUAACAAUUCUUUAUAAUUGUAAAUUUUCUAAUUAUUCUUCUCAGAAUCUCAUUAAUAUUGAUAAGUUUUAACGAUUUAUAAUAAUUACUUAUGAAACCUCCAUGAAGAAAUCUUAAACAUUUUAGUAUAUUGAACAUUCUGUAGACUUUCUAGAUCUAUGUGAUGUCAUAAAAGUUCCUAAAAAGGACCUAAUUAUAAAUUAUUUUAUAAUUAAUAAUCAU